UCGGCCCCGUAGAGCAGAAGGACGGGGCCACCAUCCAAUGGGACACCCGGGCGUCGCCGUCUGCUCCAAUAGGGGCGGCAGGAGGGGGGAAUUUCUUCCGCCGGCUGGGAAUGGUGCUGCGGACACUGGACAGGGCGAUGAGUGGGAGCCGGAGAAGCGGGCAGAGUCCGGGCUGUGGGCCCCGGGCAGGAGAGCUGCUGGGGGUGCAGAAGAAGCAGAAGCGCUUGCUGAUCCACCAGGCCCUCACGAGAGACCCUGUCGAUGUGGAGAGCCUUCGGGUGGCAGCGUUGAGCCAGGGGGGACUCCUCACGGAUGAGAUCCGCAGGAAGGUGUGGCCCAAACUGCUGGGUGUGAAUGUGUACAGCCUCCCACCCAGGCCAGGUUGGGAAGUGCGUCAGAAACACAAAGAUUAUCACCAGGUCCUCCUGGAUGUGCGUCGCUCCACUCGCCGCUUUCCCCCAGGGAUGCAUGAAGAGCAUCGGCAGAUCCUACAGGAGCAACUGAUUGAUGUCAUCCUGCAUGUGCUCAAGGCGCACCCUGAGCUACACUACUACCAAGGAUACCACGACAUCGCUGUGACGCUGCUGCUGGUCUCUGGCGAGCGCAUGGCCAUUGCUCUGCUGGAGAGGCUCUCGACGCUUCACCUCAGGGACUUUAUGGACCCCACUAUGGACAGCACCAAGCACAUCCUCAACUACCUCAUGCCCAUUCUGCAGCGGGAGAGCCCUCGACUCCAUGACUUCAUGCAAAGAGCUGAGGUGGGGACAAUCUUUGCCCUGAGCUGGCUGAUCACUUGGUACGGCCACGUCCUGGUCAACUUCCACCACAUUUUGCGCCUCUACGACUUCUUCCUGGCAUCCCACCCGCUCAUGGCGGUUUACUUUGCCGCUGCGAUUGUCCUCUACCGUGAAGAGGAGGUGCUGUCCUGUGACUGCGACAUGCCCAGCAUCCACCAGCUCCUAUCCCAGAUUCCUCAGGACCUGCCUUACGAGGCCCUCGUCACCCACGCCCACCAGCUCUUCCAGUGUCUCCCCCACACUGAGCUGGCCAAGCAGGCAGCCCUUCAGCUCCACAAGAGCCUUAGCAUUGGCUGUUUCUCAGAGUUCCAGCAGGGCACUUCAUGCCAGCGCCCGGAUGCCGUCCUUCGCCAGCAGCAGCAGCAACACAUGACCUCCAGCAGAGCAGGGGAGGCAGACAGGCUCCUUGCCCCAGGAGAACACAGUCCUUUGGUGAAGGCAGCUGUCUGGGGGAUCACAGCCACGCUGGGGGCUGCUGCGCUUGCUGUCACGCAGACUGCCUUGGAGUGGGCUCCUGAAUUCCUCCUGCAGCUCUUCUAACGCUGGGUGGGACUUUGCAGUGUGGAACUUGGAGGGCCCUCUCUCUCUCCUUUUCCUGUCUCAAGCAGUGGGCUGGGCUGGAUGGCUGACCAGAUUCUGGCUAGCUCUACAGUUCUGUGGCCUGAUUCAAGGACUCCUGGUUUCCUGUAACGCCUUCAGGGCCACUGGUGCAAAAACACAGGGCGGAGCAAUCAUUGCUGCCGGGGAGUGACAAAUGUUGGCCUGCUGCAUAUAUCUGAUUAUGGCUUCAGCCUCCUGUUCCAGCUCCUGCACAGGGCUCCUGUGUGCCAAGGUGCUGCCAGGUGCCUCAGGCCUCAGCUCACCACUGCCUUUCCCCUGCCGUGCAGGGGUGUUUAUGGGCCUGUCUUUGUGUGGGCAGUAAUUGGCUGUCUCUGAACAUUGGCAGGAAGGCUGUACAGAGACAAGCGGCUCACUCAAUAGGGUUGCAGGCUCAGGGCCUGAGACUGAUCCUGUAUCUUUAGGAGAAGAGCAAGUCAGCCAAGAGCAGGUGUUCUUGCAACACUGUGAUGGGAAAAACCACAAGGUGGAAUUCUCCCUUCCCCCUGCACAACUUUUAAAGAUACAGAAGACCUCUUGGUUGCCAGGCCCAGCCUCCAAGAGGUCUUCUGUAUCUUUAAAAGUUGUGCAGGAGGAAGGGAGAAUUCCACCUUGCGGUUUUUAUUAUUUAUUUAUUCUAUGCCGCCUUUUGGCCAAAAGGCCCUUAAGGCGGCUCACAAAAAAAAAAAUAGACACAAAUAAAAAAUACACAUCAAAAAAAGAAUGCAGUGCACAGGAAUUUAAAUAAAAAAUAUUGUCAUGGCCCCGUCAGAGGACUCCUCAGAUGAGGACGACUCAGGAGUAACAGCAGCAGACCCAGGUGCAGCAGACUCAGAAGGAGACACGGAGGAGCCUCCUGAGAAUCCAACUCCUUCUCCCCCUCAGCUGCAGAGCACCCCAGAUACAGCAGAGGCCCUGCAGCCAGACACAGACAGUGAACAAGAUACUCCCCCCUCACCUGCAGAACGUAGACAGCAGAAGGUCAGGCAGAAGAGAGGCAGGCCUGUCUCCUUAAGGCCCAAACGCUGAGGGCUCACACCUGCUGUCAACCUUGCUCUUUAUAAGGCACACCUUGGCUGCAGCUUGUUGCUGACUGCAACGUCAGGUGUGGCUUGGUGUAGACCUAGUUUCCCUGCAGCAUCUCUUUGACUGACCUCCUUGGCAAUUGAUCCUGGACCUCCACUGACCUCGCUUCUGGACUUCUGACUCUGCAAGUACGCUUCGGAUAGGCCUGGCAGAUUUACAACCCGACUGCCGGCUAAGGACUUUCCUUCCCUGCCAAAGACCCAGGAAUUUCCAGCCCCCCCCCCGGCACUGCUGAAGCAGUGUAGAGCUGACAAAUAUUAACAUUGUUAAAAAAACAACCACAAGGUUCUUUACAGGCCUAAAGAUAAUCUGUCCCAAAAUGUAGUACUGCAUUUUUCCCAUUAUAGUGUUGCAAGAAAACCUGCACUUCGCUUAAAGAUACAGAAUCAUUCUCAGGCCCUGAGCCUGGCAACCCUACUCAGGGAGGAUGUCUUGGGCUGGCUGAGCAAAGUGCAAAAUGCACAUGCCCCAGGGCUGAGAAGCACAUAGGGUAGUGCAUGCUGUGCACAUUUAAUGUACGUUAUUUAAGUAGCUGAUAUCAGGAACAUGGCAAGGAGCUACUGCUGAGCCUGAGGAAAGGCAUGCUCAGUGGUUAGAGCAACUGCUUUGAGUGCAGAAGGCCGUAGUUUCGAUCCCUGGCAUUCUCCAGUGGGGUUGGGAGAGCCACUGUCAGUCCAUGUAAAGGAGGCAAUGUUGAGCUCGAUGGACCAGUGGCCUAACUUGGUAUGAGGCACCUUCCUCUGGCCGUGGCCUCGUUCCACAUUCUUGGAAUUGCUCAAACACAAUCGUUACCUUUCCCUCUGCUUUUGGGUGCAGUGGCCUCUUCUUCAGCAAAGUGGUGCUAGCAUCUCGGCAUUUUCUGCGUCUCUCGUCACCUCUCUCUCUUGAGGUUACAAGCCAAAGAGUCCUCAAACCUUGGCCAUUGCCAUUGCCACCAAUGCACUGAUGGCCUCAAAAUUCCAACUAAAGGGAUAUUUCCUGUGGCCACGGCAGUCUGUUUCUCUGUGCCAACUUUAAGCAGUGAGACCAUCAAUUUCUUCAACUCGCCCCGCGCAUGUGGUGUAACAGAGGCGCAGCAGCAGUUAGGCAACACUCGGAGAGCCAGGGCAGCACCUCCAAGCAACCAGGCAAAACAAAGCGUUCUUUAUAAAUGGUUUAUUUACUAGGAAACAGACUGUGACUACAAGCACGCAACCAUGUAACCGAAAUAAACGGUAAUGCCAUACUCACUGCCUAAGCUGCCCCAGAACUUACUUCAAAGAGCAGGCGUUGGAUUCUCUGGUGCAAUCAUAGGUGGAGCCCUGUGUGCAUUUUUGGUUACAUUCCUGAGUUUCAGGAGAGUCUUGUCUGUGGCUCCUGUGAACUCUGCAAUGGUUCCCAUUGCCCUGCCUUGGUUUUCAUGCACAGGAACUCUGCUCAUGCCUCCUUGUUUGGGUGGUGGCACCCUGAUUUGCCAAACAGACUAGAUGACGCGAGUGACAGCUGAGUCUGAGCGUUUAUUUCAUAUUUUUAUCCUGCCUUUUCCUACCCCAGGUGAGAGUGCCUUCUCUUGCCUAGCUGCUGGCCUGAUCACUCCCACCCCACCAUCCCUGUUGAAUGUCCAACCUCUCCCUUUACAGUUAUGGAUUAGAAUGGCACACUUAAAGCACAGCCCCCUUCCCCCACAUAAUUUUGUUAAGAUCAUUGGGAAUUGUAGCUCUAUGGGAGGAAAACUACAGAUCCCAAGAUUAUUUGAGGGGAAUGUGCUUUAAAUGCAUGUACACAGCCUAAGUCCUGAGGGCAGAGGGAGUGUAGAUCUCCCUGCAUAAGACUCCCCCCCCCGACUUACAUCACUUGCCUUGAGGGACAAGGAAGCCUAGACUUUGUUGGGUUCAAUGAGAUUUUUGCUAAAUGCAAAGGCAAGUUUUAUUCCAUAAAAUAAAUGCUUUUGACCUGGGUCUGUAUUUCUGAUUAAUAUCAACUAUGUCCCUAUGUCUCCUUCCUUGGAAAGUUCCAACCAGUGCCCACCUAGCUACUGAUAGUCCCCACACCCUCUUGACUUCCACAGAGCUGCAACUUC